GCUCCUCCCCUCCUGGCAUUGCACACCUGUAACCUGAGCAACCACUCCCAAACUCCACCAGACUCCACUUUCAAGGACUCCGGAACCGCCAGAAUUAUCCAGGACCAGCGCAACUCCAGACCAGUCCAGGACCUUGCAGACCUGCGGGAUCAUGUCGAGCAUCGCGGCCACCUUGCAGCACCGGCGGGACCUGCAGCGGGGCGUGGGGACCAACAGCCGGGCUCUGCGGUACCUGGACCAGGACUACGAGGCUCUGCGGGACCGCUGCCUGGAGACGGGACAGCUGUUCCAGGAUGACACCUUCCCCGCACUCACGUCCUCGCUGGGCUUCGACGAGCUGGGACCGCGGUCCCACAAGGUCCGGGGCGUCACCUGGACACGACCCACGGAGCUCACCUCUGAACCAGAGUUCAUCUUGUCCGGCGCCAGCAGGACAGACGUGUGUCAGGGAGCUCUGGGUGACUGCUGGCUGCUGGCCGCCAUCGCCUCCCUGACCCUCAAUGAGGAGGUUCUGACCCGGGUCGUCCCUCACGGACAGAGCUUCAGGGAUGGAGAGUACGCCGGCAUCUUCCACUUCCAGUUCUGGCAGUUUGGUGAGUGGGUGGAUGUGGUUAUCGACGACAGGCUACCAGUCAGAAAUGAUGAGCUGCUGUUCGUCCACUCUGCUGAGGGGAGGGAGUUCUGGAGCGCCCUGCUGGAGAAGGCCUACGCCAAGCUAAACGGUUGCUACGAGGCUCUGUCCGGGGGUUCGACCACCGAGGGCUUCGAGGAUUUCACCGGAGGAAUCGCAGAGGUCCACGAGCUGAGCCGACCCGACCCCCACCUGUUCCAGAUCAUCCAGAAGGCUCUGGGCCGAGGCUCACUGAUGGGCUGCUCCAUCGACAUCACGAGCUCGGCGGACUCUGAAGCCGUCACCUCUCAGAAGCUGGUGAAAGGCCACGCCUACUCUGUGACAGGUGCAGCUGAGGUGGAUUAUCGUGGUGACACAGAGAAGCUGAUCCGGAUCAGGAACCCCUGGGGUCAGGUGGAGUGGACAGGGGCCUGGAGCGACAGCUCGGCGCAGUGGCGUUACAUCAGCGACGAUGACCAGCAGCGUCUGAGCCACCGCUCAGAAGACGGAGAGUUCUGGAUGUCCUUCCAGGACUUCCUGCGCCACUAUUCCAGGUUGGAGAUCUGUAACCUGACCCCGGAUGCUCUGAGCGACGAUGGCGUCUCCAAGUGGGCGCUGUCCAAGUUCGAGGGCAACUGGAGGAGAGGAUCCACCGCCGGCGGCUGCAGGAACUACCCCAACACGUUCUGGAUGAACCCUCAGUUUGUGAUCCGGCUGGACGAGGAGGACGACGACCCGUACGACGACGAGGCCGGCUGCAGCUUCGUGGUCGGUCUGAUCCAGAAGAACCGCAGACGCAUGAGGAGGAUGGGCAAGGACAUGCACACCAUCGGGUUCGCCAUCUACGAGGUUCCUGAUGAGUUCUCCGGGCGGAGGAACCUCCACCUGGACAGAAACUACUUCCUGCGUCAUGCCUGCAGUGCUCGCUCUGAAACCUUCACCAACCUGCGGGAGGUGUGCAGCCGCUUCUGCCUGCCGCCGGGAGAGUACCUGAUCGUCCCCUCCACCUUCGAGCCCAACAACGAUGGGGACUUCUGCGUUCGGGUGUUCUCUGAGAAACAGGCCGACUUCCAAGAGCUGGAGGACCCCGUCGAGUCCCGAGUAGAGAAGAUUGAGAUCGAUGAGGACGACGUGGACGACCGCUUCAAGGGUCUGUUUGGGCAGCUGGCGGGACAGGACUGUGAGAUCAGCGUCUACGAGCUGCAGAAGAUCCUCAACAAAGUGGUGACCAAACGUUCCGACAUUCAGACCAGCGGCUUUGGCAUCACCACAUGUCGCAACAUGGUCAACUUGCUGGACAAAGAUGGCAGCGGAAAACUGGGCCUGGUAGAGUUUAAAGUUCUCUGGACCAAAAUCGAGAUCUACCUGAAAAUCUACCGGGACAGAGACAUGGAUAAUUCGGGCUCCAUGAGCUCCACGGAGAUGAGGACGGCUGUGGAGGAAGCUGGUUUCAGUCUGAACAGUCCUCUCCACCAGGUGAUCGUCGCUCGGUACAGCGAACCGGAUCUCAGCAUCGACUUUGACAACUUUGUGUGCUGUUUGGUUCGUCUGGAGACCUUGUUCGACACGUUCAACGUGCUGGACAAAGACGGAUCUGGGACGGUGGAGCUGAACCUGCUGGAAUGGCUCAACGCGUCAAUGCUCUGAAGGACCAGGACCAGAUCCAGGACCAGGAGCUGAUCCAGGGCUGGAGGAAAUGGUGUUAAAAUGCUGACAAUAAUCAAAAUAAACCCAUAAACAUCUCCA